GGCCCGGCCGGGCCCCGCCGCGCGGGCUCGCUGCGCCGCAACUCGCUGACGGGCGAGGAGGGCGAGCUGGUCAGGGUGAGCAACUGGCCGCUCUACUACCUGUUCAGCUUCGGCACCGAGCUGGGCAACGAGCUCUUCUACAUCUUAUUCUUCCCCUUCUGGAUCUGGAACCUUGAUCCGUUCGUGGGCCGGAGGCUGGUGAUCAUCUGGGUGCUGGUCAUGUACCUGGGCCAGUGCACCAAGGACAUCAUCCGCUGGCCGCGGCCGGCCUCGCCGCCGGUCGUCAAGCUGGAAAUCUUCUACAACUCAGAGUACAGCAUGCCCUCCACGCAUGCCAUGUCCGGCACCGCCAUCCCCAUCGCCAUGGUCCUGCUCACCUACGGCCGCUGGCAGUACCCUCUUAUGUAUGGACUGAUUCUCAUUCCCUGCUGGAGUUCUCUGGUUUGCAUCAGUAGAAUCUACAUGGGAAUGCAUUCCAUCCUGGAUGUUAUCGCUGGGUUCCUGUAUACCCUUUUAAUCUUGGUUAUCUUCUACCCACUUGUGGACCUGAUUGACAACUUCAACCAAACUUACAGAUAUGCUCCGUUCAUCAUCAUCGGGCUUCACUUAGCUUUGGGCAUCUUCUCUUUCACUCUGGACACCUGGAGCACAUCCCGAGGAGACACAGCAGAGAUUUUGGGAAGUGGUGCUGGAAUUGCAUGUGGCUCUCAUGCUACUUAUAACCUGGGUCUAUUAUUAGACCCCCCUCUACACACAUUACCUUUAGCCAGCCCCCCACUUACUGUAACUCUGUUUGGAAAAGCCAUAUUACGGGUCGUCAUAGGAAUGAUAACUGUGCUGAUCAUAAGAGAUAUAAUGAAGAAGAUCACCAUUCCUUUAGCCUGUAAACUCUCCGGUAUUCCGUGUGAUGACAUUCGCCAGGCGAGGCAGCACAUGGAAGUGGAACUGCCGUAUCGGUAUAUUACCUAUGGGAUGGUUGGGUUCUCCAUCACAUUCUUGGUUCCCUACAUAUUUUCCUUUAUUGGUAUCUCUUGAUGGAGAAAUAUUGUUUAUUAUAAGAAAGGAGGCUACCAGUUAUAUUUAAAACUAUUCUCCAAGUAAAACUCGGAUCAGAGGUUUUUGCAAGAAUUUAACUUAAAUAAGUAAGUUCUGCAGCCAGUGCAUUUUAUCGUUGCACUCCAGAUGUUUAAGGUGGGCUGAGCUCUUUCAGUACUGAGAAGUGAUGUGCCCAUUUAAGAAUGUUCACAAAAUGUUCGGAGAGUUCUGUGUUGUUACAAAUUGUAGUUAUAUAUAAUAUAUAUCAAGGUAUACAGUGUGCAAAUGUGUAUCUAGUAUAUAUUAUAUAUAUAAUUAUUUACCUAAGACCUGUGGGGUGUAUUGAAAAAUCAAUAACAAUAUGCAGUUGUUCCUGCAUUUUGGAAUUAAUGCAGGCAUGUUGUUAUUAGCAAAUAGGUUUAACGUUUAUUUCCUAUGGGAGCCAUUUCCUAGUUGAACUGAUAAUUACAGAAUCCAUACGCUACCACAUACUGGUUCACUGCCUCUUUACACUGCCAUCCCCUUCCCUGUUAUCCAUGACCUUGAUCAUGGGAGGCAUUUCUAAUGGACCAAGUCUUCGGGAAAUUUUGUUUUGUGGAUCUCUCUCUCCUCCUCCUCCUCCUUCUUUUGUUUUGUUUUGUUUUUUGAGACAAGGUUUCUCUGUAGCUUUGGAGCCUGCCGUGGAACUCACUCUGUAGACCAGGCUGGCCUUGAAAAUUUCUUUCAUAUUUUUUUAAGUUCUGUACACUGUGUUGAAUGUACUUUUUUCCCUCGACGGUUUUGGUCAUCAGUAAUGAUUCAGGUACUGAAUUUGAUUGCUUGCUAACUGUGCCUUUCUUUUGCUGAGUUAAGAGACACCAUGUAUACUGUGAUGUAAAAGUAAGACUCAAUUCUAUCUUAAGCUACUUAAUCAGGCAAAUACUUUAAAAAUAUAUAUCAAACUAACAGAGGUAGGAGCAAAUGACCCGUAACUCUUUAGUCGUUUUUAAGGAAGAAAUGUGGAAUAGCUAAAUUUUCUCACUAAUUUAUUGGAAAGCUAAAUGGAUAAGUAUAUCCAUUUUUGUAGGUAUUUUUCUGUGUGUUGCAAGUUAUAGGAACAAUAUAUAUCUUAUGUACAUCGUCUUGAUUGUUUAUAGAACAGGUAAAUAUUUCCAGAGUGAGUGGGAAUAUAACUGAAAUUUAUAGAUGAGACAAUGUACACCCUUUCUAUAUUAAAGAAGCCAUUUUUCUAAAUUAUUUGAGAAAGAUUGCAUUUCCCACUGGUAACUUUGAAUAUCCACUCUUUAGCAACCUAAGGUAGAUUAUAAAAUUCAAACAUGAAGUCCCAGUAGUUUAGACUCUUUUCCCAACGUAUUAUUUUUACAGUGGGAAAUUUUAGUGUAGUAGUAAACUAUUUUUUCUGUCUGCCUUUAUAUUUUGAAGUGUGAUUGUAAUUAGGUUAACAUUGCAUUUAUUUAUAGUGAGCUUUUCAUAAAGAAGAGAAUUAACUUCCCAUAGAAAUGAGUAUCAGGUAUGGAGCUAAUGACUUAGUGCACUAUCUCUGAAUAUUCAGGAGGAAAAUGUUUCUAUUUUGGACAACAUAAGCAUUUGAGCUCAUAUUUUUAUAAUCCUGAUGAAAAUUUAGGGGCCUGGUAAUUUUUGCCCAAAUGGCAUCUGAUCAACUUAAGCUGUGGGCCCUUCGGCUAGCAGGAGAAGAAAGUGGAUGCUUAGGAAGCGAUCGGUACGCUGGGAGCUGGAAGGUGCGAGAAGGUGUGCUUAGCACACUGAAUCAUAAGGAAGACCCCAUGCUUUGGGUCUGUUAACCUAUUAAUUUUUCUGUGUAUUUCUGUGUAGCUUAAAAAGAAUUUUAAAAUAUUC